AUGGGCUGCCCCGACUUCAUCGGUGACCCGCAUGACCCGAAGCCAGCACCUCUUGAUCCAUCGACCGAAUGCCCCGUUUGCGCCAUCAAGGCACGCAUGGCCAACCCCGACCGCAACCCGACCUGGGGCCACCGAGACUACCCCGCCGACCGCCUCAUCGACCUUAUCAUAAAAUACACUCCUAUUGGCCCAAACCCGAUGAACAAGGCAGAGGAAAUCGCCAUCUGCGGUGUUGUGUCGACGUGGUGCGGCAGGUCUGAAAAGCGAAGGUUCAAGAGCUUGAGGCUGUGUGACGAGUGCUAUGGGAAGCAUAUUGGCGUUCCCUUCCGCGCCGAGUCCGACUGGUUGCUCAACUCCGCGGCCGGCCCCAACGAUGUUGAUCGGUAG